GUUUUAUCAACCGGGCACGGAUGAACAAUAUAUGUGAUUACAAUUAAUUUGAUGGUAGUUUUGUGUAGAUAAGUCAUUUUCAUUGUUUGGCUAAUGCUUGUGGCAGGAAAUUACAGCCACUGACGCCUUACAUGUUGUGUUGGGAUUAAUGCCUGGCGACGUCGUUUGCAUUCAGCUUACAAUUCAGACAUAUUCAGUUUUAUUGCUUGUAACAUCAUUCUUCCAUACAAAAUGUAUGGCCUACCCGGGAAGGCGGUUAUAUGGUUACGUGGAGUUUUUGGUCGUACACAAGACUGUUAACCGUCAUGUGUACGACCGCCUACCCGGGGAUAUAUUAGCAUUCGUGCUAAAUAGAACAACGUUAUUGGAAAGCAAACAUUACCCUGCGUCACUCAACAUGUCUUCUCCAAGUGCAGGCAAACGCCGUAUGGACACAGAUGUCAUCAAAUUGAUAGAAAGUAAACACGAAGUCACUAUUCUUGGUGGUUUGAAUGAAUUUUGUGUAAAAUUUUUUGGUCCACGAGGCACGCCAUACGAAGGAGGCGUAUGGAAAGUACGUGUUCAUUUACCGGAACAUUACCCGUUUAAAUCACCAAGCAUCGGAUUUAUCAACAAAAUCUACCACCCAAAUAUUGACGAAGUAUCAGGAACAGUUUGUCUGGACGUUAUCAAUCAAGCUUGGACAGCAUUAUAUGAUUUGUCCAAUAUUUUUGAGUCGUUCUUACCCCAACUACUUACGUAUCCUAAUCCAGUAGACCCUCUGAACGGUGAUGCAGCUGCAAUGUACCUGCAUAAACCUGAAGAAUAUCGCAAGAAAGUAGCUGAUUAUGUCAGAAGAUACGCUACUGAAGAAGCUUUGCGGGAACAAGAUCCAACAGAAAGUUCUGAUAGUGAAAGCAGCAUGUCUGACUUCAGCGAAGACGAGGCACAGGAUAUGGAGUUAUAACGUCGGCUAUCAUUACACAGAGCUAGUAGAAGUGUUAGUAAUGUAAUUUUCCUUAAAAAUCAACUAUUAUUCAUGUUUUUGGAAUCUGUCACUUGUUAGCUAUGCGAGGUACAUUACAUAUUAGCAAGGUUAUUAUUUUCUCGAUCAUAAUAAUUUUUCUGUGAAGAUUAGAAAUAAAAUUUCAAAACUAUUCUUUCAUAGUAGCGUUCAUUAGUUCUUAAAUUUAGUUACGUGUGUGAAAAACUUAAUUAAAAAUAGUAAAAAGAGUAUAUUUCUAACCGGCUUUA